UCAUUGUCACUCUGAGACGAAAAAUGGCGGAAUCAUUAUUGUGCUGUGGUUGUAUAACCUAUCGAGUUGCCACUCGGACUAUAUCCAUUUUGUAUUUUUGGUGUAGUAUACUGGCGAUGGUAUUUACUAUAAUGGAUAUGCGACCUGCCUCACAUAAUACCAUACAAAAAUCGGAUAAUAGUUUCUUCCAAAGUAGUUAUACUGGGCGUAUCAAUAAUCAUAUAUUGGAGUCAAUAAAUACAGAAACACAAUACCUUUUCAACACAGUAUUUUAUCAACUUUUUUCAAGAUUUUUAUCUGCAUAUGUUAGUUAUUACUUGCAAAAAGCUACUUAUGAACAUAAUGUUAAUUACAUCCACCAAUGGUUAAUAUACAACAAGAUUUAUUUGGUGUUUACCAUAGUUAUCUUCAUACUUGGUGCAUUAAGGCUAGAUUCAUUAGAACUUGUUAUUACCGGAAUUCCAAUAGCAUUAAUUUUGAUGUAUCCAAUUAGUAUUGUCCAACGCUUUUAUCAAGAUGAACUGAGAUUUUUGGCUUCCACUGAUCGCAGUAAUAAUUUAACGGGUGCCACUAUAACCGUAACUGGUCCUCCAUACGUAACCUUAAAUAAUCCUGGAGUGCUAAGCCCAUACCAUGGAACUGCAGCACCAUCAACUUCUAUCAUACCUACAUCACAUGUACCUGCUCAACACCCCUACCCGCAACAAGUAUACUCUUAUCCAACACAACCUCAAGCAAUGCCACAUUUGGUAGAACCGCAUCUUCAGGAAUUUUGUAAUCCCCCGCCGUAUUCACCAUACAGUGGUUCAGAAGGACCUUCUACAAAACAAGAAACAUGAAGACUUAUUUAUAUUUCCUACUUUAUGUUACCCAAAACAGUGUUAAAAAUAUAUAAAUAACAUAUGUAUAUUUAAUUUUAAAGUCUCAUUUCCACUAAAUAAUAGUGUAUGUGCUUUGCUUUAUAAAAAAGUUAAAAUUUUUUUUUUAUAAUUAUUAGAUUUAAUAUAAACUUGUGUCAACUUUUCUACUUAAUGAUUUUAUAGAGAAAAUAAUAAAAUACUUGAUAUAAAUUGUAAUUGUUAAAAGGCACAACAUAUAAGAAGAAAUCAAACUAUUAAAAUAGUAUCCAAAGACACUAAAAAAAAUAC